AUGACAGUCCUAGCGGCGGCCGGAAAAUCUGGCGAGCAAUUUGAGGCAUCCAAACACCCAGCAGAUCCCACCUCUCUUGAAAGGGACUCCACUUUGUUUGCUCGAUUGCCUUCUUCUGCUGACGUUGCAUUUAGUGCUCGGCGACCUUCUCAGACUUCAUGUAUCUCCUCGAAAACCAAGACUCCUGUCAGAUCACCAUUAUCUACACCCUUGAUCAAAAGACUAGAGACGUUAGCUGUGUUUUUACAUGGUAGUUCAAUAGUUGUUCUCCCAUUCUUAUAUUUUUACCUAUGGUGUUAUCCCUACAUCUGGCCAUUUCUCCUUAUUUACACAUUCAGGUUUUAUUUAUUCGACCGUACCCCCUCAAAUGGCAAUGCGCUCAACAGAUACUCUAGAUCAAUGUCAAACUGGAGCUUGUAUAAGCAUUUUGCCCACUACUAUCCAAUUCGUCUUCAUAGAAGCAAAGAACUAACCCCUACCAAAACAUCAAUAAAAUGUGAAUUAGAGCAGCUUAAUAUUCCGCCCGUUUUCGUAUUUAUCACCCCGAAAUUUUUGUUGAAUUCAUUGCUCAGAUGGCAACUGAUAAAACUAACAAAGACAACCGUGAGAAAAGAGAUGAUUACAGGACCUCGAUAUAUAUUCGGCUAUCAUCCUCAUGGCGUUAUCGCUAUGGGAGUUUUUGCUGCAUUUGCGACUGAAGGUGCUGGGUUUUCAAGACUAUUUCCAGGAAUUCGGUGCUUUGUAACUACACUUGUAAACCAGUUUCAGCUUCCAAUUUAUCGUGACUACUUGAUGAGCUUGGGCUGUACUGCUGUGACCAAGAAAAAUAUUUCAUCUUUGCUGGACAAAGGAGACAGCGUGGUUAUCGUUGUUGGUGGUGCGAGUGAGAGUUUACUUGCAAAACCACAUUUGAAUUCUAUCGUAUUGAAAAGACGAAAAGGUUUUGUCAAAUUAGCAUUACAGGCAAGUGGAAAAUUUGGUGAUGAUGAUAUAUGUUUGGUGCCAGUGUACGCAUUUGGGGAAAACAACAUUUACGAAGUAUACUACACUAACGAGACGGAGGAUACCAACUACAAUAAUGAUGGCUAUGUACGCCAGUUACUCAAAUGGUUCCAGCUACGACUCAAAAAGAAUUUUGGGUUUACCCUUCCUAUAAUAGUUUCUCGAGGGUUGCUAAACUAUGAUUUUGGUCUGCUUCCCCACAGACGCCCAAUCCAUAUUGUAACCGGAGCACCGAUAACAGUCAAAAGGUUCCAUGGGAAAAAAUAUGGAGAUGCAGUGUCCCCUGAAGAGAUUGAUUAUUACCAUAACUUAUACGUGCAAGCUUUAAAAGACCUUUUUGCCACAUACAAAGACAAAUACCUUUCAGAAAAUGAUUGCGAUUUGAAUAUUGUUGAAUAG